AUGCGCUUCAUUAUCGUGACUUCGCUCCUCGCCGCUCUGGUUGCUGCCAAGAGCACCAACAAUGACUUCAACAACCCUGCCGGUGGUUAUACCUUCACUGCUGGUGAUUCUACUACCGUGACCUGGGACCACAAGUCUGGCAGCACCAUUUCCUUGCGUCUGCAGUCCGGCUCUGUCACCACCGCCACCUCCGGAACUGCCAUUGCCUCCAACAUCGACAACACCGGCUCCUUCACCUGGACCGUCCCCACCGACCUAGUCAAGGGCAAAGAAUACACCAUUGAAAUCAUCAAUGACGAGAACACCGACGACUACAACUUCCUCCCCUACUUCACCGUCGUCGGUGCCACCGGCUCGGCAUCCACUUCCACCGCUGCCCCAACAACCACCACCUCAGCCGAAUCCACCAGCACCACCGAGGCAUCAACUACCAGCACCACCGCCGAGGCCACCACCACCACUGAGGCCAGCACCACCACCGAUGCCACUACUACCACCACUUCCAAGGCUGCCAAGACCACCGCCACUACCCUGACCAAGGCUUCCAGCUCUGCUGCCACUACUGCUACCACUUCAUCCGAGACCCAGUCCAGCACUUCUGCUUCCAGCACCAGCGCCUCUUCUUCCGCUUCUGCUUCCUCAACCGCUGUGCCUAACGGUAACGGCGCUGGCGUUAACCGCGUUUCUGGCGCUAUGUUGGCCCUGGUUGCUGGUGCUAUUGCGAUGAUGUAA